AUGUACGGCACCGAUAAGACCAACCUCGCAUGGGGCGCCUCCCCGAGCCGUCGCCGCUCGACCGCCGAGGAGCCUGACGCGCCGACGAACUCCACGCAACGCUUCACAUCCGGUGUGAACUACUACGGCUUGGAAGGAUCGGAGUCGUCGUCUGGCGGGUUCACACAAGUCCCCAGAGCAGGCGGCGGCGGUGGCGGUGGGGGACACUCGAGAUCGGCGAAUACCGGCGAUACGCCUGCCGAGAAAUCACAGAGGGAAAAGGUUAAUCAGAUCGUUCAGGCCUUCUUUUGGAAGGCGGCUAUGGUCAUCGUGCAGUCCAGAAUUCCAACUGUACCUAUUGUGGCGAUGAAAACCGGGGAGAAGAAGACGAACAAAUGGUUUAACAUAGAACUUGACGAGAUGGAGACUUUUCGAGAAGAAAUAAGACCCUGGAGGAUCGGAGACUCAUUUGAUCCCCGACCACCACCGCUCAUCAUCGAGACGUAUCUCGACACCGCCGAUCUCACGCCCACGCAGGCGCUGGUGGUCCUGGAUAGCAACGAGAAGAGGUGGAAUGUUACCGAAGCGCUGGAGAACGCUGCGAAUAGGGCCGGUCUCAAUGCGGGUAUCAGAAGAGGCGAGAGAGGCCCUGCGAAGGCGCAACAGAUCGUGCUGGAGAGGUGGAAGAUCGAACUGACUCACCCAUUCGACAUUCCUCAAGGACAGGAGCUUCCGGUUGUUUACAAGAAGGGCAUCAUACUAUUUCGAGCCCUGUACUCGUACCUUUCGUUGAUGCCAACUUGGAAGUUUAGGCGACGGUUGGCAAAACUGAAGUUGCAGAGCAGUGCGUUGAAGAUUGGAUGCAGGGUUCAAAGUGGCGACGACUUCGCGAGAUUGGCGCGGCGGUGGGAUGGGUUGCAGAUACCGUUGUAUCCGGGUGACGAGCGAGUCACGGACGAGUUUUCUUUUGGAAAAGUGGAGAGUCCCGCGGGCUGCUUCAACAUUACCGUCUCUUUCCGGAAAAACUGUGAUUUCAGGGUCGACGAUUCCGAGUCGUUGUUGAGUUCGCAUUUCAUCAACCUGGAUGAACACUACUUUCGGCCGUCGUCACAUCAGCGGACAACUUCUCAGCCGUACAACCUCGCUGCUGCCCGGGGAGUGGAACAGGGAUCCAUACCGACCACGGUGUCGACCUUGCCGCAACGGCCCGAAUAUGUUCCCGCAAACGGCAGCUUAUCGUCGUACCAUCAGGCUAUGAGCCCGCAUGGUGCGAGCCCGAUAUCGGCAUUGCGUGGAACUCCUAUGGAUAGGGUGGCUUCGGGCAGCUCGCCGGCCGAUCGCCCCUCGACAGGCUUACGGUCCAUUCAAGGAUCUAGAGCAUCUUUGAGAGGAACCGAUAUUCCGUCAGUGAGCCGCAGGGGUUCAAUAUCAUUCCAGCCGUUCAAAUCACCGUCUCUUUCGGCGUCCCCUGCUACCUCCGAGCCGACAUACCAGCCGUCAUCGUUGGGUCGGAUCAGCACACCUGGUGGUGCUUACGUUCACAGGACCCGGCCUAGCAUUGGGGCGAUAUCACCCUCAUCGUACAAAUCAGCUCAAUCCACGCCUGCUACAGCACCUGGAGAGACUUCUUCGAGCCAAGCCCCGAUACCAAUAAUAAAUAACUCGCCGAUGCCGCAACCCAUGACCCGGAUAGCGAGUAGUUUUGGUUCGCGCCGACCACGGAUCUCGUCCGCGGCUAGUGUGACCAGGGCCGACGACGAUAAUAGCAGUGGGCAGGCUAGUUACACGUCUUCUAUGGCGGCUCCCGGGUCGGGACUGUACACGGCUGCUGGAACUAGCUCGUACGAAGAGGAUCUUCAGAUCCGGGAUUUCAUGUCGAUGCUGGCUGACGGUCAGAAGACGAGUCUCAAGAGUUUCGGCGCACCGGCUGCAGAAUCUAGUAGGAUCGCUCCGCUGUCCAAGUUUCAGAAGAUGAAGGAUUCGCACAGUGCUCUGGCCGAUUCCCUGUCUUCGUCGCUGUUAUUACCGACACCGGGAUCACCGUCAACAUCCAGCCGCAACCUCUCCAGUGUGCCCGGGAUGGUUCCUUCAACGACUUUUUCUUCUUCGUCGUCGCCAGGGAAGCCGCUGUCGCCACAUACUCCGCAUACACCGGCUGUGCCUUCGAGGCUGAGUGAAAAUCUCACUGCGCAGUACGAACAGCAUCGGCGCCCGGGUAGGCCCUCGCCAGUGGUGGGAAACGACAAUGAGAGUAGCCAUCGACGGGAGGCGAGCGGAGGAGGGAAUGGAAGUGCGGCAACAACUUCGCCCUUGGACAUACCUGUAUCCCCCAGGUUCAUGGGACCCCGCCGAGCGAACUCCAUGUCGCAGCAGCAUCAUGAACCGGCCGCCGGAAACCAUACGAUUGACUUUGGCCCCAUCGUACCAUACGAGAAUGUCCGACAAAGCGUCAGUCUCUCAAGUGUUGACAACGCACCCUUGAGCAACAGCCGACUACAAGAUCUUCACAACGCCUCGGAGUCUGCGCUUCCAGGAAGAGAAGAGGCCGAAGCUGCAUCGCGUCGCCAUGACGACGAGGAAGAUGAUACUCUUGCAUUUGGGCCCGCGAUCCCGCCACCAUCGAUGGACAGCGUCGGCGAGGAGGCACCGAGAUUUCAGUACCAGUUCCACCGAGGGAACGGACUGUCAUCGUCAGGGUCAUCCUACCGCGGUAGCAGUCGUCCUUCCAUGCGCGGCCGCGGAAACACACCACCGAUGGGUUCGACUACGGGCUUGGACAGGAACAUGAGCAGUGCUACUAGGCCUGGCAUGCCCGGAGGUAGAACCUCGAGCUGCUCCCGCGGCCAGGACGAGGACGAGCUGUUGUUUGCCAUGAGCGAUGAGAUCUUUGCACAGCAGCAGCACUCGAGGAGGAGUCUGGAGGGGGACAAGCCCGAUUCGCCUGCGAGUGCUGGCUCGGGUAGACGUAGGAGCCGCGGUGGGAACGGGAGAGGUGGCUGGUAG